UCCAGCGCUUCCUGAGUCCGCUCCUGGGAUGCUGUUAUCUCGGCCAAUAAGAGAACGGAACCGUGAAUGCUCAGAGGAGCCCUGUUUCGCCAUUUUAGAUUUAUCCGUACCAGUGCAGUGUAUUCCGUAAAGGCAUAUCUCCUCGUAACUCGCGAGCGUACGGUCGUGCGAGUUUAGUUUCCUCAAUUCUGCUUGCUGCUGCGGUGGGUUCUUAGCGAACCCAAUUUCUUUGGAUUUACCACGCUGGAACUAAUGGAAUUAGAGAAUAUUGUUGCUAAUACGGUCUACUUGAAGGCUAGAGAAGGUGGCGCUGAUAGCAACAAAGGCAAAAGCAAGAAAUGGAAAAAGAUCCUGCAAUUCCCCCAUAUUUCGCAAUGCAUAGAUUUAAGAAACAAAAUCGAUUGCAGAUACUCAUACGUUAUAGAGCAACAACCGAUUGGACACAAACUUUUCAGGCAGUUUUGUGAAACUAAGCCUCAUUAUCAUAAAUGCUGCAACUUUCUAGAUAUAGUGGAUGCUUAUGAAGUACAAUUAGAUGAAGAUCGUGCAGAUGUAGCUCAAGAAGUUUUUACGAAAUAUCUUACUAAAGAUUCAAGUGAGUUCGUAGAUGUUGUCAAUGAAGAUUUGAUUGAACGAUGCUAUUCAAAUCUGCAGACAGCAAGCAGAGAUCUAUUUGCAGAAUGUGCUAGAUCAGUUAAGGAAUUUCUGUCAAGGGAGCCCUUUAAAGAAUUUGAGAACAGUAUGUUUUUUCAUCGGUACCUGCAAUGGAAAUGGCUUGAAAGUCAACCUGUAACAGCCAAAACUUUCCGCAUGUAUCGUGUGUUGGGAAAAGGAGGAUUUGGAGAAGUCUGUGCUUGUCAAGUUAGAGCUACUGGAAAGAUGUAUGCUUGCAAGAAACUAGAAAAGAAGAGAAUAAAAAAGAGAAAAGGGGAAUCAAUGGUGCUGAUUGAAAAGAAUAUUCUGCAAAAAAUAAAUUCGAGAUUUGUUGUAAGUCUUGCUUAUGCAUAUGAAACAAAGGAUGCACUUUGCUUGGUAUUGACUAUAAUGAACGGAGGAGAUUUGAAAUUCCAUAUCUACAAUAUGGGCGGUGAACCUGGAUUUGAAUUAAACAGAGCAAGAUUUUAUGCAGCAGAAGUCACUCAAGGAUUAGAACAUUUGCAUGCUCAAGGAAUCGUAUACAGGGAUCUGAAACCUGAGAAUAUUCUUUUGGAUGACCAUGGCCAUGUCAGAAUAUCUGAUUUGGGAUUAGCUACUGAGAUAUCUGAAGAUGAAAUGGUUCGUGGGCGUGUUGGUACUGUUGGAUACAUGGCCCCUGAAGUCAUAGACAAUGAAAAAUAUACAUUCAGUCCUGAUUGGUUUAGUCUUGGGUGUUUCAUAUAUGAGAUGAUUGAAGGACAGGCACCAUUUCGAGCCCGAAAAGAAAAAGUAAAGAGAGAGGAAGUAGAGCGCCGAGUUAAAGAAGACAAAGAAAGAUAUUCGACAAAAUUCAGUGAAGAUGCAAAAUCUCUCUGUCAGGGAUUGUUAAAAAAGUCAAUAAAAGAAAGACUUGGAUGCAACAAAGGACGACAUGGAUCGAUAGAAGUUAAAGCGCAUCCGUUUUUUAAGAGUAUUAAUUGGAAAAGGCUAGAAGCUGGAAUCCUUCAACCUCCAUUUGUGCCUGAUCCUCAUGCUGUGUAUGCUAAAGAUGUUUUGGAUAUAGAACAGUUUUCUACUGUAAAGGGUGUCAAUUUAGAUGCUAGUGACGACUCAUUUUAUAGCAAAUUCAACAUGGGAAGUAUUUCCAUUCCAUGGCAAAAUGAGAUGAUUGAAACUGAAUGUUUCUCAGAAUUGAAUGUUUUUGGCCCUGAUGGAACUCCAAGCCCAGAUUUGAUGCUUGAUCAACCUCCUCCUGUCGAACCUACUGGUUGUUUCCCAUUCCGCAAAAAAACAAAAAAUUGGAAAACCCCUUCAAAAGUUAAAACGUCAAACAGCCAUACAGCUCAUUUGUCACUGUCUGAAGAACCUAAUUCAUCUGUAUUAUUAUUACCUGCCACUGGAGCUUCCAGUGCUAUAAAUUCAGUGGGCCAAGAAUUGUCUUCCCCUGCUAGCUGAAGGGUUAAACUUUAGCACAAAACUAAUUGCCAAAAGUCAUUCCUGAAUGUGAUCAGAUUAGACGUAUGGUUUUUUUUUUGGGUCAUCAUGCAUUUCCCAAAUGACAUUCAUGUUUUGAUGGUGUCUUUCAUAUCUGUCCUGCUGUUGGAGUUCCUGUAGCAUGAUGUAUAAAUGUGUUUGUUGUGUACAGCUGGAUCUGUCCUCCCAUUUUAAUGACUGACAAGUUAUGAUGCUUGUGCAAACCAAAUUGACAUCUUAUGCAUUUCAUUUAUAUUACAUUUUAGCAAGUACAAUUGAACAAUGCUGUUUGAAACACAAUGACUGUUUCAUUAAUAACUUUUAAUUAUGCCAGUGUUCAUUUCCAGACAUCAAUAUUCUCAUUCAUUCAAUGAUUACAUGUAUUUUGUGCUAUAGGUCAUUUGAAGAAGUACUAGGUUAAGUGAAAUUCCAGCAUACGGAAGGAUUUGUGCCAUUUUCGUUAUAAGUGUUGAUAUAUCUAUACCUUAUGAAGAUAUAAGUAAAUGGAGUUUUUGUC